GCGCGGAGCUGCGUGGGCCCUGCCCCGUCGCACGGCGGACUAGAAAGGUGAGCGCGGAGGAGGGGACCUGGGCAGGGCGGACCGGGCGCCCACACGCAGCAGCAGCAGCAGCAACAGCAGCAGCAGCAGCAGCCACUUGGCGGGAUCUGCCCCUCUAACAAGGGUCUCCAGCCCUGGCCGCCAUGGCCGGCCUUCCGACCACGCCUUCUCCUGGAGAAGAGCUGAUGACUCCUCCACUUCUGCAGGCCACUGAGACCCUGUCCCCAGAAGCUGAAGAAGCCAGCACAGCACUCAUUGCAGUUGUUAUCACCAUAGUCUUCCUCACCCUGCUCUCGGUCGUGAUCUUGAUCUUCUUUUACCUGUACAAGAACAAAGGCAGCUACGUCACCUAUGAACCUACAGAAAGCGAGCCCAGCGCCAUCCUCCAGAUGGAGAGUGACUCGGCCAAGGACAGAGAGAAGGAGGAGUAUUUCAUCUAGUAAUUACCAGGCCUGUUGGAACUAAGUCCUGGCUCCAAUGCUAAUACAGUGACUGUUUAAUUUAUUAGCUCAAAGUUUUAUCUGAAUCCAGUGAGUGACACUGAUUGAAGCAGAAAAAUCCAAGCUCCUUCCAAGACACAGGCCCAAAUGCCAGCAUCACUGACUCCAGGGGCCAGAAGCUGCUUAUGAUGUGGGUAGGCCUUUGGAAAAGAACUAGUGUCUGUGACUAGCCAACAAGUGGGGCUGUACCAGGGAACACUUGAGUAUGUGCCUUCAUAGGAAAAGAAUGAGGGUCACUGGCUACUGCUCUACUCUGUCCCCUUUGUGGUCGUCUAGUUGUAGGGCCAGAAUAAAACAUCUAUAUAAGUUCAUCCCAGAGACUAAAUAGCACAGUAAAAGGCCAGGCCCCAAGGGAUAGGAGACUCUGGAUUCUUACCUCCUGAUCAAUGUGCUAUAUCCCUUAAUCUGAGCCCUUCCUUCCCAACAACCUCAUACUUGUGCUAGUAACACAAAUUAAACUUUUUCACUGAUACAUAAGUUAGACUUUUAGGUACAAGAAGUAACUACCUUUAUACUUUGACUUGCUUAGAUUUUGACAUUUGUUAACUCCUUUGCGCCUGUUUUCUCCCAAGCAGCAAGAACCGUAGGGAAGCUCCAUGAGUUCCCAGCACUGUCUCAGCAGUUUGAGAUGAAGAUGGGUCAGGAAGCUGGCCCCAGAACAGCCUCAUUAGAAGCAUCCUGGGAGAUAAACUGGUUUAGCCUCAGUCCAGGUGGGGGCCAAAAUUUCCCAGAUUCCAUAUGUACACUCAGAGGAAACCAGGAAAAAUCUGCCUUCUCCUACCAGUAUCCUUGAAAUCGGUCCAAGAAAUACGUAGGAUUUAACUUAGCCUCAAAGUAAGGUAUGUUUAAAAGGUCCAGUACUUAAAACAUAAACUGUUGGCUCCUCAGAUAUCAUUUACUUUUGAAUUAAGCUAUCUUCAAGACCUUACUGUAUUGUCUUCAUUGUCCCAGCUCUAGCGCACACAAGGUAAAACCCAGGAGUUGGGAAUUCUAGGAGUUUUCAGUAUUUCUCCCCACACAGAAUUUUGCAAAGUCUCUCCAGAUGCAUACAGGCUGCUAUACUAUUUCUCAAUCCAAACUCUAGAGCUAGGGAAGGGAGCCAAUUGUUCCCUUCUUAUUUUAAAUUCUGAGUUCCAGAAUCUAAGUUUAGGCAGUAAAGUGAAAAAAAGUGUUGCAUCUAAAGUGGCACUCAUGAAAAUAGUCAAAUCUUGGUCUUGUAUUCCUGCCAUUUCAAAGCUUUCAUUAAAACAGAAGAGCAGUAACACCUAGCAGAGUUCUAGGUUGAAUAUAUACAAAAAUAGCAAAGAAAUCUAAAAACAAGCUAAGUAAAGAAUCCUUGGAGUGAGGUGUAAUGCAACUUCAUCACUUUAUUCAAAUCUUCAAAAUAGUCUUUAUUCUACAUUUUUAGUAUAAAAAAUCCACAAGUUAAGUGCACCACAGUGUAGAGAGAGACAUACAACGCUGAACUUCCAUAACAGUCAAUGGUACAGUCAAACAUCACAUGUACAGAACACAAAAUUUAGAUGAACUGAAGUUAUAAGAUAAAAUAAAAUCCAAUUUCAGAAAACACAAAUCAAAAUAUUAAGGAUCCCUGAAAUAUUCUUAACCCUAAUGAGAUCCUACUGGACUCAAGUCAUCUUAUUAGUGAAGCAUUCACCAUAUGACCCUAAUCACCCAGCUUCGGAAUUCUUGGGAGCCAUGAGUGGUUACAUCAGACAUGCUGUCAAAAAAAUGAUAACCAGUUUUUGAUCUGAAAACUCCUCUUAAUUUGGUUCUGAAGUCAAGCUUUUGAAAUGCAUCCUCCUCCUUGCCCCUCAUUUUAAACACACUUUUAUUGGACAUUUUGCACUGGUACUGUUCUGUUAAAACAAAGCUCAGUUUUUCUGGCACCGAAGCAAAUAUGGGUUAGGUUUGUAUAUGCAGAAACAACCUAUAAAGAGGGUCCAAAAGCACCCUCUACAUUUGCCUGAGGAUAUAGAAAAGCAGGCAUAAUGGGGCCUGUGGUUGGGACACAUGGAGGUUUCAGAGGAUCCUUAUGAAAGACAAGUUAAAAGAUGGCAAGUGGGUAGAAGUGCAAGGAGAGAAGGAAAUGACUGACUGGCUUUCUGUCCUGCACCACUGAUUCAAUGGAGACUGGCAGGAGGGAAUGGAAGACUAAGGUUGGAGACAGCACGUGGGGCAAAAGAUGGAAAGGAAAAGGCAGACAGCUAAUGCAUUUAACAAGUAAUAUAAAUCAAAGAUUGAAAGAUUAAAGACCAAUCAGAAUAAUUUGGCAACUUUAAUUCUUAGGAAGAUCAAAGUUCCCUCCAAACCUAAUUUGAUGUUUUAUUACUAAAAGCAAAGACCAGUAUGGUACAGUAUUACUCCAGAGGAAUUAAAGGAAGAUCCUUAGGGCUGCUUCACCCACAUUCAUUUUAUGAAUGGAUACCCUCCCCUACCUCAAAAUGCUUUAGGGAGGUACUGCUACCAUUACAUGGUUCCUUAUUAAAUUUGAAAAGUGCCUGAAGUUUGGGCACCAGAAAGACACCCCAACAACAUGUGUCUAAACUGCAAUUUCAGGUUAAUAUGACUAAAGCAGUUACAUUGUGAGAAGUGCUGAAGGUAUGUGAUGUCUUUCCUGGCACAGAGGCGGCGCUGGUUCUUCACCAGAUGGUGUAGCCACCAUCUGAGCCACCCAUGAAGAAGUUUCCCUUCCGCUGAGUUACGAGGACAUUGGCUCCCUGCAUGACUGCAAGCUGAGCAGCAUUGGGAGGGCAUCCAGGAGGCGGAGGCUGAAAGGAAGGACAAGGUAGAAUGGGCACAGGGCAGCUGACCAAGGGAAGGGAAUACAGGUAAAGCAGAUGCUAUUAGAAAGAUGGCAAAGCAUGACCAACAGCAUUUUAAGGAGCUGGUUCUGCCACCAAUUUGGGUUUUAAAGCAAGUAUAUUUGCUCUGUGAACACAAGGCACAAAAAAGAAAGGGAGCCUAUCACUCAUUCAAAAGGUUCUAGCUCCAAGAUAAAGCCUAUGCGUGGAAUCAAAACACAUUUUCAGAACAGAAAAAACUCCCACUCACACUCCCUAAACAGGAACAAUGUGUCAGGUCUGUGGCCAAAUCCCAGAGGAUUCCUAGAUAAUCUGGUGUUUUAUUUUGGGAGAGCAGCUUUACAUGUUAAACACACACUGCCACCAAGCCCUCUGGAUACUCUUUUUUUUAAAUGGGUGGGUACCGGAGAUCGAACUCACAACAGCCUGCUUGCAAGGCAGGUGCUUAUGCCGCUGAGCUAAAUCCCCAGCCCCACUCUGGAUCCUCUUAAUACAGAACAUCGAAUUACCUAAAGCUCACAAACUUCUCUAAUGUAUAGUUCUGAGUAGAUGGCCUUAGCAAAGACUGUGUGAACUCUUCUGUCCCAUGCACUGGGGAACUAAGCACAAGGCAACAAUAACCAAAAAGCUAAGUACUAGGGACUAUGGUUCUAUGUUUUUAAUCAUCUGGUAUCCAAAUACAAUACCACGCUGAUGAAAUAUUAAGUAAAUGCUUACAGAAUGAAUAGGGAACAUUACUAGACCAGUUGUUCACUGUAUCAAAAUGAACUGGAAAAACAGCAAGCACAACUGACAAAGCAAUCUGGUUGACUUGGACCCCAGGGAAUGUGCUAGUGCUAUACAAUGCCAUAGUUCUCCUGUCCCCUCAGCCACUUUCUGUUUAUUAGAUGGCAGCUGUUGUACCAAAAUUGACAACUGUUUUCCAGGGAUGGUGGGAGAAUGAAUAUAAAAUCAUUUCAGAAAGUGAAAACACACAAGGGCCGAGUUUCUUGAGGGCAUACUCACAGGAAUGUUGCCAGCAGUAGCCCCAGCUCCAAAUCUGGCACCUGCAUCAUAUCCUCCUUCCACCAGCACUGUUGAACCAGGAGGAUAGAUGGGACCAACUGGAUAAUAAGCCAUGGGAAUUGUGGAACCUAAUGGCCCAACAGCCACAGACUGGGCCAUAGGAAGAUACAGAGAGGCGCCAGGAAAUGCAGCUGACAUGGUAGGGACUGUGGCAGCCCCUGGGUGCACAAAGCUUGGACGAUAGAGCUAAAAAGGUGAAAAAGAAGGCAAGAGUUAUUUUGUUUCCUACUUGAAAUCUCUUCAAUGAGUCAGUCUUUUCUUUGUGCUGCUGAGAAUUGAAACUAGGACAUCACAGAUGCUACAUAAGCACUCAAUCACUGAACUACAUCCUUUAAACAUAUUUUUAAAAAUUACUUUGAGAUAAGAGUCUCACCAAGUUUCCCAGACCUAUCUUGAACUUGUGACCUCCUGCCUCACCCUCCCAUGGCUGGGAUAACAGGUGUAUACCACCACACCCAGGCUAAGUCAAUUCCUAAUUCUCCUAGUAGAUUAUACUUUGUGCAUUAUUCAAGUGUCUUUCCACUGGCAUUCAGUAUUCUCCUAGUUCAUUUCCUGCUAGACCUAAUGUCAGACUCCAGACAAACUCAUCUUAACCUCAGCCUGUGCCAAAAAACAGAGAAUGCAUUCUUGAGUCCAACAAAUUUCUGCAUUACAUGUUUUACAUUAUUCCUCUGAUCAUUUUCUGUUUAAGAAGUCAGAGUUAGCUAAAGAUGUAAAAUGUGGUCCAAGAGUAUUCUUAACUAGUUCAACUUUGCCAAACAGGCAGCACCUCUGAAUAGGCAGGCGGCGCAUCAGUAUAGGGUGGAGCCUGAGGAAGAUGCAAGGUCUGAGGAUAGACUGGAUUCCCAGGAGGCUGCACAGGGUAGGUUGGCUGCGUUGGAUAUUGACCUAGAAGACAAAAAAUUCAGGUUGCCCACCACUAUAGACACCAAAAUGGGCAAAAUAUCUGGGUAGCUAACUUGGUGGGAGUGAGGAGAUUUGCAAACAGCCCUGCAUGGCAGUUUUUUGGUACCAAGAAAAUAACCAUUGUUCUUCUACCCUUAUAAUGGAAGGUGCUGGGUUCUGAUUGGGCAAGAAAGGCGCUGUUUCCACUGUGGUAUACUGUAAGGGGACGUCUAGCUGGGCCAAAUUCUGACAUGUAAGACGGCUCCUUUGCUGUUGUAUCUAGGAUGCCUCCGUUCCAGGUAGUCUCCACUGGCCAAGGUGUCACCAACCCUGACUGUGAGUAACGAUGGUUCUAAUUAUUUACCUCGCGGUUUCUUAUUCAAGGUCGACUUCCCAAUAGUGGGAGAAUGGGGAGUAAACCAGCCCAGGGAAAGGGCGAGACAAUCCUACUUUGGCACAAUCACAAGAACGGGAGGAAGUUCGAGCUCCGCCCGCGAAAGGCUAGAAGCGUGAAGGGCACAGGGAAAAGACCUUGCAGGCCCCGGACGGUCCACCGACGCAGCCAGCAGCACACUAGUUAAACUCCGGCCCGGCCCGCAGUACCCGAGCGCGGCGCCCCGCCUCUGCCGGCUCUCCAUUGGCCCACCCAAAUCCCUGCUCUAGUCCUCCAUUUGCUCCCGCAGAUGUCCAUCAUGACAAGGCCCCCCCACACACCCCCAACUCCGCAGCGCCAAACUGCGCCACAGAGUUUAAGAGGGAAAGGGCCGGGAGGCAGCAAGCAGCCGUAGUUACAAGAGGCCGAGGACGCCAAGUGCACCCCCACACCCCGGCUGGCCGAGGGGUGCGGCGCAGCCCCUGCCAAGCCUGGCGCGGGGUUAACCUGGGUUCCGAACCCGCGCGCCCAAGGCCAACACUACUUCCCCGAUGGCCUCUGCCGCUCCCCGUCCUUGCCUUUGCUGUUCAUGGUGUCUGCGGGUCCUGUUCGACUCGGCGUCGCGGACGGUUAUUUUUUCCGUCCUCUUCCUGUUCGGAGUCACUUCCGUGUCACGUGACGGUGCUCCUCGCCUGGCGUCAUCGGACGCCCGAGUGCUGCUGCCACCGGAAACCCCGCCCCCCGUUUGGCUUCCUGUCGCUGCGAAGAGGGCCCGCGUGUUCCUGCCAAUUGCGCUGGCCACGCCCCUUAUUCUUGUUCUCCGCCCUCCGCUCUGCCCCUCUACUGGGGGAAACCGAAAGUGGUGGUGCCGGAACGGGCUGUCUUUUGACAGGUUUUCUCUAUUGGGCUUUUGGAGCCAGAAGGAUGAAAUGAUACCCUAAAACCUUUUCUCACCAACACUCGACAGUCAUUAACCCUGGAUCAGCUCACUUUGGGAAUCUUUCUCGAGGGACACAGAUUUUUGGAAAUUUUCCAAACUACUGAAAAUAUACUGUCCAAAUCUUGGUACCUCUCGCUCUUCACAUGCCCAAGUUCAAUUUAAGCUUCGGCUCCGUAAAGAUUUAUUCUGCCAGUCCAGUUUCUGUCUUUUCCCGAAAAAGACUUUGACCUUUACUGCCUGUGUGUCCCAGUGACAGGCUAUCACGUAAGGAGUAGAUUGUGUUUUGCUGUGCCAUCCAAAACAGCUGGCACCAAAGCUGACAUAGUUCUAGAGUACGUGUGACCCUGCCCUUCUUUUAGCCCCUGUUACAUAUGACCUGAAUGUGUGCCUGUGGACACAUCUUUUCUCUUUUCAUCGCCUCAUCCUUAUGAUGAAAGAUGACAUCCUUUACAGUAGCAAUGAAGUUUUUUCCCUUUCUUCAUUCAAAAAUACCUGCUGAAGCCAGGUAGUGCACACCUAUAAUCCCAGCUACUUAGAAGGCUGAGGCAAAAAAGAUUUUAGAUUUAAACCUGGGCAACACAGCAAGACUCUGUAUCAAGGUAAAAAAUGAAAAGGGCUGGGACUGUGGCUCGGUAGUAAAGAACUUGGUCCAAACAGCACAAUUGCUAAGCACCCGCUACCUAUAAAUAUGGAGACAGAGUUAAGCAAAGAAAAACUAGCUAAGAGUGGUACCCCACACUUAUAAUCCCAGCAGGGUGAUCCCUAAAAAUUUGAGAUCAUUUUGGUCUACAUAGUGAGGUCAAGGCCAGCCUGACCAUAGCAAAAUCCUGUCUCAAAAAACAAAACAAGCCCAACAGUGUAUGCCUGUGGAGUUUACACUGUCCAUUGCAGUAAAAGUAAAUACAAAAGCAUUUUAAGAAUGAAGCACUCUAGCAAGGGUUGAUGGCACACACCUAUAAUCCCAGCACUGAGGGAGGCUGAGGCAGGAGGAUUGCAAAUUCCAGGCCAGCUUUUCAAGAUCCUGUCUCAAAAAAUAAAAAGGCAUUCAGUAAAUAAAAUAAAAAAUAAAUAAAUAAAAAGGAGUUCAGUGGGAGAACUCCCCCAGGUUCAUCCACAGUAAGGGGCUAGCGGGAGCUUUGGAGAGAAAAGCUCCCAGUAAACAUUAGAAUCUUGAUAAAUAUUUGCUGAUUGAUUUAUUAAACCACAGAAAAAGAUCCAUACUUGCUUCAGCUUGUCAUUCCCUUCUGUCUCCAGUGCUCUAUCUCAGUUUGCAGAGCACCCUAAAAUGCAGAAUCCUAUCUAGUCUUCAGAGUAGUGUGGUGUUGAAAGCAGGGCUUGUUCAGGCAUUCCUCCUGUUUUUCAAAUUAAGAGCAUUGUUCAGAAGAGAUUUUCUUCAAGUCACACAGUUAAACAGAUUACAGAAUUGGGUUUUAUGUUCUGGCACCCACUUCCCAGGUCAGUGCUUUUAUUUUGUUCUGUUGCUAUUGGUUUGUUGUUGUUUUUGUUGUUUUUGUACUAGGGAUCAAACUCAAGACCUCACUCUUGCCAGGCAGGCACUUAUGCUGUUGGGCUAAAUCCCUAGCCCCUGUUUUUUUCUUAUUAAUGCACAUUGCCUCACAUAAGUAAAAUGUCUGAUUUCCAAGUCUGUGUUGGGAGGUUUUUAAAGUUGUUUUGCUUUUUUUCAAUAUAUUCAAAUUAUUAAUUUUUUUUUCCUGUAAGGGGAUAGAGACUACAGUCUUCUGCUAAGGCACACUCCUGCCUCCUUUUCGCUUUGAGACACAGGGUCUCACUAAAUUGUUUAAACUGGUGAUCAAUUUUGGGAUCCUUCCACCUCACCCACCUAAGAUGCUGGGAUUGCAGGUGGGUACCACUAACACCCAGCCACAUUAUUAGUUUAACUCGAACAAACAUUGUUAGUAUAAAGCCUAUGACAUUGACUUUCUUCUCUUUUUCUGACGCUAAUAUUCUUGAGGCAAACGAAACACUUGCUGUGCCAAAGCUUACCUUCCAAGGGGAAAGACUUGAGUUCUGAGAAGAGUGUUUGAGCGCUACUGCCAGUGCUGAAGCUGCUGGAUGGAUCUCCUUGUACUUCUGGCCAGGACACUGCAGCUCUGAUACUGUCUCCUCUUGAGGACCUUCAAACUGUUUCUCUCCAGCCUCCUCCCAUGUGGGAGCUUCAUGCCAGCGGAGUACCCAAGAUGACAGAUAACCCAUAGAACAAAAUCAUCAUGAACUUUGGCUGAAUUAUUCCUUCUUGAUUGAGGAGAAAACGGUGGGGAAAAUGUUCACUUUUUGAUGUUUCCUGGAUAAAAUUUCUUGAGAUAGCAGCUUGCUUAACACAGGGAUGUUGAGACCUGUUCUUCCAGGCUGUACAGAGUAUCCAAAAUAUCUGUGCAAGUGGAGAGCCCAGACAUCCCGCGCUCUCUGCGUCAGACCAGCUUUGUAAUGGACACUGAUUAACAGGACCUCUGUCUUUCAGUAAGUGUAACCUAUAACCUUUCAAUCUAAAAAGCUUCAUGCUGCUCAAAAACAAACAAAACAAAACAAAACAAAAAAACAAAAAGAAAAACUUUGGGUGUGGUAGCAUACACCUGUAAUUCCAGCACUCUGGGUGGCUAAGGGAAUUUAGUGAUACCCUGUCUUGAAAUAACAACAACAACAACAAUAAUAAUAGUGAAAAGGGCUGGGGAUGUAAUUCAGCAUGAAGGUCCUGGCUUCAAUCCCUAGUACUGAAAAAAAAAAUUGAGUUACUUCUCCGAGCUUCGACAUGCACAGGGUGUAACCACCAGCACCCCUCCUCUCCUGAGCGCAGAUGAACUGGCAGAGUAUGCCGAUGCUGGGACCCCAGAAGGUUUGGGCUGGGUUUCAUUUCCACAAGGAGAGAAGGAGCUGGUUGGGAAGAAGCCCAGAAUGGCCUGGGAUGGAACAGUGCAGAGGUCUCCUUGUCUAUUGUUCCAUUUGAUUCCUCUCCCAACUGUUCCUUGUCCCCUUGAACACGGCCUUUGUGCACUUGAGCACAGGAGAAGGUGACUGGAGGUGAUGCCAGGCUCCUCUGUCUCCUAGGAGCCAGCUUGGAAUAAAACCUUUUUCCCUUUUA